AUGGUUGAAUAUUGCUUUGUCACGCUUUAUGAAUCGUCUUUUGUAUUUGCACUUUUCUUGUUUGUUAGUAAAAUUUUUGUGAAAAAUUUUCACCCAGAACAAAUGGUAGUUCCAAUAAAGUUCAUUGGGAACACGUACAAGACUGCAUCGAACAAAAGAGUUAAAGUCAUUACGCCCUCCAAGAAGAUUAGCUUUAUUAAGGAAGGUAAGAAGGCCAAGAUGCAUCGCUGCCACGGCUGUGAACAACUUCUUAUCGGUAUCGCUGCGUUGAGGCCGGCAGCUUUUUCCAGGCUGCCCGUUUCACAAAGAAGAGUUUCUAGACCGUAUGGUGCUACACACUGCUCUAAUUGUGUUAAAAAGAAAAUCAUUUCUUCAUUUUUGAAUGAUGAACAGAAGCUUCUGAGUAAAAAGAAUUAA